UUAUCUGACUGGUUGCAGGGUAUUUGGGGAAAUCGGCCGCAUUCAUUAAAAACUGAUCACUGAUCAAUACUGCCGAAGUACUGCUCGGUGAUCUAUCGGUUAUGGGUCAGCUGUGCAGAGUAUUGAUCAGUGAUCAGGGCUGUUCCGGAUGUCCUGUGAUGGCAGCUCUCUCUCUCUCUCACACACACACACACACACGUCGAGCCGCCUGCACGCGCCUCUCUGAUCGCUCUCGUUGGUUUUGUAUCAGCUGAUCGGAGCGGGUUCGGCUCUGGGUCCGGCUCCGCGUCUGGAUCCCUGUACGGUUCCGGUCUAAUCCGGUUUCUUCUGGUUUGUGCUCUUUGUUCCGGAACUUUUCGGACUCUUCGGUGAGCUGUUAGCCGUUAGCCUCUCCUAGCUGCAGCGGAUUGAUUCUUUCCUCGGAACCUUCCACAGCACAAUUCCUGUUUCAACCCGAACCUUGCCCCGGCUGCCCGGCCCGGACUCUCGCUCUUCUCCGGGCCGACAGGCGGCUCGGUUUGGUUAGUGGAGCGGCUGAGCGAACAGGCUAACAGUUAGCCUGAGCUAGCUGCUAGUAUGCCCGCGAUGCUGGAGAGGAACCCGGAGGCUUCGGGCAAGAGGAGAGGCCGAGCCCCGGGAGGAGGGCCCGUCGGCGGGAAGAGUCUGUCCGGUAAUGGAACCAGUACCAACAGCUGCUGGGAAGAAGGAAGUUCAGGCUCGAGCAGCGACGACGAGCAUGGUGGAGGAGGGAUGCGGGUCGGACCGCAGUACCAGGCCGUGGUUCCAGACUUUGACCCGGAUGUAGCCCGGGCGGCUCAUCUCAGGGAGAACCUGGGGAUGUUGGUUUGGAUCCCCAACAGCUGCCUGAACCAAACUCAGUUGGACGAGUACAUCGCCAUCGCCAAAGAGAAGCACGGCUACAACAUGGAGCAGGCGCUGGGCAUGCUCUUCUGGCACAAACACAACAUCGAGAAGUCUCUAGCCGACCUGCCAAACUUCACUCCGUUCCCCGAUGAGUGGACGGUGGAGGACCGCGUGUUGUUCGAGCAGGCCUUCAGCUUCCAUGGGAAGAGCUUCCACCGCAUCCAACAGAUGUUACCUGAUAAGUCCAUGCCCAGCCUGGUUCGGUUUUAUUACUCUUGGAAGAAGAGUCGCAGUAAAACCAGCCUGAUGGACCGCCAGACUCGGAAACACAAACGAGAGCGAGACGACAGUGACGAUGAAGUCGAGGACAGUACUGGAAAUCCUCCGAGUGACUCUGAGUUGGACGUAAAUAAAGAAGACAAGAAGGAGGUGAGCUCAGGUUCAGAGAGGUCAGAGGUGAAACCAGUUUCUGGUCUGAAGACAGGUGGGAAGGCGUCCCAGCGGAUGAAGAAGCGCCCCCCCAGAGGAAUGUUUCUGAACCAUCAGGACGUCGUUUCUCUGUCGUCCUCAUCGCCUCAGGGACUCAUCAGACAGCUCGACUCGCAGCUCGUCUCCAUCAAGAGACAGAUUCAGACCAUCAAACAGACCAACAGCGUGCUGAAGGAGAAGCUCAGCUCAGGGGUGGACGAGUUCAGGCUGCCCGAGGUGAACCAGAAGUUCAAUAACCGUUGGACCACAGAGGAGCAGCUGCUCGCUGUCCAAGCCAUCAGGAAGUAUGGGCGGGACUUCCAAGCCAUCUCAGAUGUGAUCGGUAACAAGUCGGUGGUGCAGGUGAAGAACUUCCUUGUAAACUACAGACGCAGGUUUAACCUGGACGAGGUGCUGCAGGAGUGGGAGGCGGAGCACGGCAUGGAGGUGGGGGCAGGAGCGAGCGAGGACGACAGGAUGGAGGAGAAGAUGGAGGUGUGUCCCACCGAGGAGGAUGAGGUCACCGCCAAGCAGACCAAGGAGGAUUCGUCCUCUCCGCUGAAUGCCAACAAGCCUUUGGCCUCCUGAGACCUUCUAGCCCUUCCUCUUUAGCUUCAGGGCUCCGCCCCUCCAGUUUCAGGCCCCGCCCCACAGGCUUUAUAAUGUAAUUUGUUUUAUUGUAUGAUACGUUUCUCUUUGGUUUUCUCUGUUUUUAGAUCACGUGUGGGGUUUGUUUUAUUAACCUGUCAUUUACCGCUUGCUCUGGACCAAUCAGACCUGUCAGUCAAAAUGGGCGGAGCUUUUGUUGCUUAUUUUCUACUUUUUCGGGUUGUUUUUGCUUUUAUUACUUCCUGUUUGGUGUGUUGGGGAUUGGGGGUGUGUCCUAACCUGAUGGCAUCUUUUUUUUUUUUCUAUUAUUUUAGGGCUUUUUAGAAGAAAGACAAUAAAACCAAAGUUGAUUAGUAAAGUAA